AUGGCCCCCAAGAAAGUUAUCCUCAAUGCCUUCGUGGAGAUGUGCAGUGGACAUCAGUCCCCUGGACUCUGGAGACAUCCCGAUGACCACUCGCACGAGUUUAACAACGUCGAGCACUGGGUUGAACUUGCCAAAUUGCUAGAGGAGGCAAAGUUCCAUGGUAUUUUUAUUGCCGAUGUUUUGGGCGGUUACGAUGUAUACAAUGGCAACCUUGAUGCCGCCAUUCGCUCCGGCGCACAAUGGCCAGUCAAUGAGCCUUUGGCGGUCGUCUCUGCAAUGGCUGCCGCUACAAAGAGCAUCGGCUUUGGUGUGACGGUAUCGACGACAUAUGAGCAGCCCUACCACUUGGCUAGGCGGUUGUCCACCGUCGAUCAUCUGUCCAAUGGAAGACUUGGAUGGAACAUUGUAACCAGCUAUCUCGACUCGGCGGCCCGAAACAUGGGUUUCAAAGAGCAACUCGCGCAUGACGAGAGAUACGCUCAAGCAGAGGAGUACGUCAAAGUAAUGUACAAGCUCUUCGAGUCCUCCUGGAGAGAUGAUGCCGUCGUUCUCGACCGGGAAAAGGGCAUCUACACUCACCCAGAGCGCGUCCGUGAGAUCAAGCACGAAGGCAAAUUCUUCAGUGUGCCAGGCCCCCAUAUCUGCCAACCGAGCCCUCAACGCACUCCCUUGAUCCUCCAGGCUGGUGCUUCGAAGGCCGGAAAGAUCUUCGCGGCGCAGAAUGCUGAGGCUAUCUUCGUGUCCGCCCAUGCGCCGGCCGUCUGCGCGAAGAACAUUGCCGAGAUCCGGGAGAUUGCUAAGACACAGUUUGGUCGUGACCCAAGCAACAUCAAGGUCCUUGCUCUCGUGACACCUAUCCUUGGUCGAACAGAAGAGGAGGCACAGGCCAAACUCGCCGACUACCGCAAGUAUGCUUCCCACGAGGGUGCUCUCACUCUUUUCGGAGGUUGGACCGGUAUGGAUCUCGGCAAGUACGGUGAUGAGGAAGAGCUUCGCGAGGUCGAGAGCAAUGCUGUCCGCUCUACUGUCGAAGGCUACGCGCGCUUCUCGCCUGGAACGUCGAAGUGGACGAAGCAUACUAUUGCCGAGCACGUCAGUCUUGGCGGAAACGGUCCUAUCUUCGUUGGAACACCUGCACAAGUCGCAGACGCCUUCCAGAUCUGGAUCGACGAGGCGGGCGUGGAUGGAUUUAACUUGGCGUACACACUUUUCCCCCAGUCGUUCAAGGACAUCAUUGAGCUUCUGAUUCCAGAGUUGAGGGCCCGUGGAUUGUACUGGGACGACUACGCCGUUCCGCAGGGUACUUACCGCGAGAACUUUUACGAGAAGCAGGGUCAGAAGGGUCCCUUGGAGGAGCACGUCGCGUCGACAUACAGGUGGAAGGCAGGUGUUGAUGCCAAGGACCAUACGAUACCUCAAUAG